AUGUCCUCGAAUACGGUUGAUUCUUUCUUUAAUUUUUUUGGGAGGUGGGACCCGCAAGCACCGGAUUUUUUUGCGGAGAAGCGACGACGAGAUCAGAAACGGCAGUCCGACAAAGAGAAGCGACAUGCGUUGAAGAAGAAGAUGAAGGCCCCGAAAGCAGAGAACAUGAAGCUGAAGCAGACUGCGGCUAAGUCGAGCGGCGCCAAAGUCGACGAGCCCAAGAAGACUUAG